GCCCCCAGAUGGACCUGGAGCAAACUGUUGCUGUCUUGCUGUCAAAAAAUGAACAACUCGGGCAGGAAAACCAUCUGUUGAAGUCGGUGUUAGGUUUACUCAAGGAAAAUGUAGACCUGACAGCCAGGAUGCAGAGCUGUAACAAUGACACUCUGGAGGAAUUAACAGUUUGCUCAACAUCAGGAAGACAACCGCCCAGUCUGUGUCAACACACCUUUGACGAGAGGCAAUUCAAAAAAGACAUCCAACAAACCAGAUUGAAGCGAACAUCAUCCCCUGUCGAUUUCACAACUUUCAUCCAAAGCUCGGUGCAAACAGCUAUAAGUGACAGAACAGAGUUUCAAAGCUCCCAGGCUAAGACUCCUUUUCAAGUCAAAGGUCCAGAUAGAUUGCUGGGAGAGGUUGCCUACCAACUGGAUAGGAGGAUUCUGUCCCACAUCUUUCAGGGCCACAGGAGGCUUUAUGGUUUCACAUUGCUCAAUAUCCCAGGGAAAAUAAAAGAGGUAUCAACACACCCACUGACAGGAAAGGUAGAUGAGGGCUAUCAGCUGCAUCUCACUCAGAGGCACGGUGACCUCAUGAAGAAGUUGAACCAGCUUGGGUAUAAAACAGAACUUCACCCUGCUUUUACUGAAUUUAUUGUCAACAACUAUGGGAUCCUGAAGGAGAGGCCGGGUGAAAGCAGCGACCAGGCAACUGACUACAAUAAUCCAAAUUUUCUGAUGAAGCUGAUAAUGACCAAAGCACCAACAGAGCUUAAGAGGGACCUGCUGGUUCUGCUCACCUGCCUCUGCAGUAUGGCUGAUGGGGAUAGAAAGCCUCUCCUUCUCUGGUAGACUUCACUUUCCAAA